AUGCCUAAAUAUUAUCGAGAUCUAAUGAUUCGUUGUUGGGCUCAGGAUCCAUUGAAACGGCCAACAGCAAAUGAAAUUCUUAAUACGAUCGGAGAAUGGAACUAUCUUAGACUUCAAAAUGAAUUUAAAAAAAGUAUAGAAAAUAGAAAAAGGAGGUCUGAAAUUCACGAAGGCGCGAUAUACAAAAGUAAAUCGAUCUCAAAAACUAUCGAAGCAACGGGACUUACUUCAACUGCAUUUCUAUACAGACUGCCAGAUGAUAUAUACGUCACGCGACAAUUCGAAUUGUCAUUGCAAAUUACUCACGUGUUCAAAUUUUUCAAAUAA